UGCUCGCUUCGCUUUUCAGUGGGGCGGUUGCUGCAAAUUCAACCUCAUUAACUCACAGCUGUGCAGAGGGAUCUGAAAAUGACUGCCCAAACGACGACUGAGCCCCCCAAAUGUUGCUUCUUCAACAUCAAGACAGCAACAGUCGCUCUAGGGAUCUUCCACAUGGUUAUGAGUGUUUUGCUGGUAAUUGAGUACUCCCUGGAGGUGGCGAGCGGGAGAGGCUUUUGCAAAGACCUGGACAAAGAUUACUACAGAAUUGCUGAUGUCAUCACCAGUUUCUUGUUGAUCAUCAUGCUGUUUGUCAUCAGCUUCAACCUCCUCCUUGGUGUGGUGAAGAAGAGGGAACGUCUCCUGAUCCCGUUCCUUGCUCUACAAGUCAUGGACUUUCUCCUCAGCCUUCUAACAAUGUUCAGUUCCUACAUACAAGUCCCAGCGAUCAUCUCUGUGUCCUCCAUUAGCCACAGGCAGGGACACUCGAAGAUCCCUUUCCUGGCUCUGCAGCUGCUGGACUUCUGCCUGAGUAUUCUUACUCUCUGCAGCUCUUACAUGGAGGUCCCCACCUAUCUCAGCCCCAAGUCUUCAGACAAUGGGGGCUUUGUGCCAGCCCUGGAGAAGUUACCAACAGAGGAAUAUGCCAAAGUGAUGGUCACCUUCACCAUUGCGUUCAUUGCUGUCCUCUUCCUGAAGGCCUAUAUGUUCAAAUGUGUUUUGAGCUGCUUUAAGUAUAUUAAAGCCAGCAAGAGAGAGGAGGUGAAAGUCGACCCACAAGCACUUGAGAAGGCUGUGCUGCCAUCCUAUGAGGAAGCCUUAGAGUUGCCUUCCAAGGAAUCCCCACCACCUUAUGUAGCAAUCUAAGCUCCACUCCACUCAUGGAGAGAAGACAUCUGUAUUGCUGGUGGUGCCUCUUACCCCUUCUGUCAGAUAGUCAGCCGCAUUGAGAAGUCCUUACUUUAUAGCAGUAUCAUGCUUAUUACAAUCCAGCUCACUUUAUGAGCCUACAAAGAGUGAUGGUGAACCACUGGAGUUGGUGCCUUAUUCUACGCUGGCAGUUUUGACUUGGUACUACCAAGCUGCAGUGCUGAUUUUAAUAAACUUGGCACCAGGCA